AUGAAAUUAGCUAAUUUUGUCACUUGUAUCUUAAUUAUUAUAAAUUCUUUCAUUUUGUUGGAAUGCACUAGUAAAAAAGGAAAAGGAAAAGUUGAAUCGACAAGCACGCAUGGACAGGGACAUGAUACAGAAGGAUAUGGUGCACAAGGAUUUGGCGGACAAGAAAAUGUUGAACAAGGAUAUGGCGGGCAAGAUAUUCAAGACAUUCGUAAGUUUUUAAAUAUGUUGAUUUAG